AUCAAAAUUUAGUCUAUAAUGCAAAUGGUCCAUUAGUUAGGGGUAUGUUUUGUCAUUUGUGAUCUCGGGAGUGCCGAUUUUAGCCGCUUUAUAUAUCUAGCAAGUGUGGAAGAGUAAACAAUGCAAAAUCAAAGUUUUCAAGUUUGGUUAGUAUUAAGUUAACGGACUCGCUCAGAAUUUAUUUAUUUAGAAACUAUUUUCUGUUAUCUUUUAUAGGCUACGGUCAUAUGACUCCCAUAACAACUUGGGGUCGUACAUUCUGUAUCGUAUACGCCUUAUUUGGAAUUCCUAUAGCUGGCCUAAUGCUAAAAUCCAUCGGCGAGAAGGUGGCCGAGAUACUACCGGAGGUAAUCAUGAGAGUUGAAAAACGACUGCUACGAAGAGAUGAGCCCGCGAACAUUCAAAUCAAGACGACAAUGAUUGUAUUUACCAUCAUGGCGUUGCUAUUAUUAACCUUGGCAGGAUUUGCGCAUGCGUAUGAAGGUUGGACAUUUUUCGAGGGUUUCUAUUUCGCCUUUAUCACGCUUUCGACCAUUGGCUUCGGCGAUUUCGUCCCGCUUCACCCGGCAGAUACAAGCAAGCAAAAUGGACUACAUACGAUACUAUUUACCGUUUUAACUUUUGUUUAUAUUACAAUUGGUUUGGCAAUAGUGUCCAGUGCGCUGCUCUCGAUCAGCAGGCUAUUCGAGUGUAAGGAACCAUCGGAAUUUAUGAAGAUACCAAGUUCAGAAUCGGAUGAGAAUUUAAUUUUGAGGAAAGGUGAAGAUGAGAAAUCGGGGACACCUUAG